UUUGAAUUCUUCUGCAACUUUGUUUCAGAAAAUUGUCUACAGAGAGUAUGAUGCAUAUUUUCAAAAUGAAAAACCACAACCUAAAACUUCAGGACUUCUUGGGCCUACUCUAUACGCUGAGGUUGGAGACACCAUGAAAGUUCAUUUUAAGAACAAGGCAAGCAAGCCCUUGAGCAUCCAUCCUCAAGGAAUCAAAUACAGUAAAUUUGCAGAAGGGGCUUCUUACUCCGACCACACAUUCCCUGCAGAGAGGAUGGACGGCGCAGUAGCCCCCGGCCACGAGUACACCUACGAGUGGGUCAUCACCGAGGACAGCGGGCCCACGGACCAGGACCCCUCGUGCCUCACGCACAUCUACUACUCCUAUGAAAACCUGAUACAGGACUUCAACUCUGGGCUGAUCGGACCUCUGCUUAUUUGUAAGAAAGGCACCCUCACCGAGGACGGCAUUCAGAAGAUGUUUGACAGGCAAUACGUGCUGAUGUUCGCUGUGUUUGAUGAAAGCAAGAGCUGGAGGCGGCCAUCGUCACCGUCACCCUCCCUCAUGUACACCGUCAACGGCUACGUGAAUGGCACGAUGCCAGAUAUUACGGUUUGUGCCUAUGACCAAGUCAGCUGGCAUCUGAUCGGGAUGAGCUCUGGGCCAGAACUCUUCUCCAUUCAUUUCAGUGGCCAAGUCUUGGAGCAGAACCAACAUAAGAUCUCCGCCGUCACCCUUGUCAGUGCCACGUCCACGACCGCGAACAUGACCGUGAGCCCGGAGGGCAGGUGGAGCGUGUCGUCCCUCAUCCCAAGGCACUUUCAAGCUGGGAUACAGGCUUACAUAGACAUUAAAAACUGUGCAAAGAAAACCAGAAAUCCGAAGACAUUAACUCGGGACCAGAGGCGGCACAUUAAGAGGUGGGAAUAUUUCAUCGCUGCAGAGGAAGUCAUCUGGGAUUAUGCGCCUGUAAUACCAGCGAAUAUAGACAAAAAAUACAGAUCUCUGCAUUUGGAUAAUUUCUCAAACCAAAUUGGAAAACAUUACAAGAAGGUUGUCUAUAAACAGUAUCAAGAUGAGUCCUUCACCAAACGCCUGGAGAAUUCCAAUAUUGAAGAAGAUGGGAUCUUGGGCCCCAUUAUCAGAGCCCAGGUCAGAGACACACUCAAAAUUGUGUUCAAAAACAUGGCCAGCCGCACGUACAGCAUCUACCCCCACGGAGUGACCUUCUCGCCUUAUGACGACGACGCCAACGCUUCCUCCGCCUCAGGCAACAGCGCCAUGAUCAGGGCAGUGCAGCCAGGGGAAACGCACACGUACAAGUGGAACAUCCUGGAGUCGGACGAGCCCACGGAGAACGACGCCCAGUGCUUAACCAGGCCCUACUACAGCAACGUGGACGUCACCAGGGACACCGCCUCCGGGCUCAUCGGGCUCCUGCUCAUUUGCAAGAGCAGAUCCCUGGAUAAGCGAGGCAUACAGAGGGCCGCGGACAUCGAGCAGCAGGCUGUGUUCGCUGUGUUUGACGAGAACAAGAGCUGGUACAUCGAGGACAACAUCAGCAAGUUCUGCGAGAACCCCGACGAGGUGAAACGCGAUGACCCCAAGUUUUAUGAAUCAAACGUCAUGAGCACUAUCAAUGGCUACGUGCCCGAGAGCAUAGCCACACUGGGUUUCUGCUUCGAUGACACCGUGCAGUGGCACUUCUGCAGCGUGGGUACCCAGGACGACAUUCUGACCGUUCACUUCACGGGGCACUCGUUCAUCUACGGGAAGAGGCACGAGGACACCCUGACCCUCUUCCCCAUGCGUGGGGAGUCUGUGACCGUCACCAUGGACAACGUCGGAACUUGGAUGCUGACUACCAUGAAUUCUAAUCCAAGAAGCAAAAAGCUAAGGCUGAGAUUCAGGGAUGUUAAGUGCAUCCGUGACGACGACGAGGACUCGUACGAGAUCAUAUAUGAGCCUGCAGCACCCACGGCUAUGACGACACGGAAAAUGCGUGAUUCUUCCGAAGACAGUGUAGGGGACGAUGAGUACGAGUACCAGGACACGCUGGCCUCCUCACUGGGAAUCAGGUCCUUCAGAAACGCGUCGCUCAAUGGGGAGGAAGACGGGUUCAAUCUUACCGCCCUGGCUCUGGAGAGCGACCCCGAAUCCACCCCUGCAAGUGUCGCUGCCACUGUUGGUCCAAACUCUUCUCCCCUAAACAACACGAGCAGGCUUACCACCAAUGACUUUGCAGAACCCAAGAAAACUCUUUCUCACCCUGAAGCCACCACAGCUGGUGCCCCACUGGGACAUGCUGGCUUAGACGAGAACUCAAUUCUCAACCUGUCCACAGCAGAGCAUUCCAGUCCCUAUUCUGAAGACCCUACAGAGGAUGCUAUGCAGUCAGAUGUCACAGCGAUACAUCUGCUCCCGCUCAAUGCAGGACUCAGAAGUCAAGGACGGGCCACGCGUGAGGGAUUCAAGGGAGGACGAGACAGAGCAGCAAAGCACAGGUCCCCUCGGAUGGACUCGCCGGCACGGCAAACCGGGAGGCGUUUCAGCCAAGGCAAAUCUCCUCCUUCCAGAAUGGGGCGCUGGCAGCAUCCUCCCAGCAAUCCGUUGCUCUUUAAACAAAAGAAUCCAUCUAAGAUUUUGAAUGGGAAAUGGCAUUUGGUUUCUGAGAAAGGAAGUUAUGAAAUAAUCCAAGAUGCUGAUAGAGACAUGACUGUUCAUGAACUGAAUGGCACCCAGAACUCCUCAAGGACUUGGGGGGACAGCACCCCUCUUACAGACAGGCAUGGAGGGCAGAGCGGCCACCCGACAUUCUCUGGCAUUAGCCAGGAUGGAAGAAGUGGUCAAUUGAAGAAAAGCUCUUUUUUCAUUAGGACACGAAAAAAGAAAAAGGAGGAGAAGUUUGUACACCGUGGUUCUCUCUCUCCACGGGGCUUCCACCCCGUUCGGGGACACAACACCGCGUUUUCAGACAGGAGACCAGAUCACUCCUUGUCGCUGCACAAUUCCAGUGGAGCUUCCCUUCCCACAGGCCUGGGUUGGACAUCCCCCUCUGUGGCUCCCGCUGUGACGGCCUCGCCUCCUGACCAUGCUCAGAAUCCUCCAAAUGACACCAGUCGAACAAGCCCCCCGCCACGUCUUUCUCAGACAGUGUCCCCAGAGGAGCGCUAUCAGACACUCCCCGUUCAAGGCUCUGAUCAACUGCAUUCCACCCCGGACCCCAGGCACGGAUCUCUCCCUGCAGGGCCUGGCCACGUGUUGGGCCAUGAGCUAAGAAAUGAGUCCUUCCCUGCGGACACUGGUCAGAUGUUCCCUUUCUUGGAACUUGCAGUCCGGAAGACAACCAUCUCCCCAGACCUCAGUCAGGAGGCUCCCCCAUCCCCAGACCUCGGCCAGAGGCCCCUCUCCCCAGAUGGCACCCAAGAGGUUCCCCCAUCCCCAGACCUCAGCCAGAGGCCCCUCUCCCCAGAUGGCACCCAAGAGGCUCCCCCAUCCCCAGACCUUGGCCAGAGGCCCCUCUUCCCAGAUGGAACCCAAGAGGCUCCCCCAACCCUAGACUUUGGCCAGAGGCCCCUCUCCCCAGACAGCACCCAGGAGUCUCCCCCAUCCCCAGACCUUGGCCAGAGGCCCCUCUCCCCAGAUGGGACCCAAGAGGCUCCCCCAACCCUAGACUUUGGCCAGAGGCCCCUCUCCCCAGAAGUCAGUCGGACAACCUCUCCUCCUGAUCUCAGGCAGACAUCACCUCCUCCAGACCUUGACCAGACAUCCUUUGGGGCUGAAUCUAAUCACUCAGUGCCUCCUCCAGAAUUUGGUCCGACCUUCCCUUAUGCAGACCGUGGUCAGAGGCCGUUAAAGAACACUCCUCCAUUAAAUAACACUCUUAUACCGAGGGAAUUCAAUCCGCCAGUUGUCGUUGGCCUCAGUGGAAAUGAUGGGGACUACAUUGAGAUCAUUCCGAGUCCGAAGGAGGAGCCCAGUGAAGAAUACUCUUUCGAAGUCGAUUACGUGGCCUACGACGACCCCUACCAGACUGACAUCAGGACAGACAUCAGCUUGUCCAGAAACCCAGACAGCAUCGCGGCCUGGUACCUCCGCAGCAACAGCGGGAACAGAAAACACUACUACCUUGCUGCUGAAGAGGUAUCCUGGGAUUAUGCAAAACUUGCAAAAAGUGAAAUGGAUAGUGAAGACCAUCAUGAUGUUCCGGAGGACACCGUCUACAAGAAAGUCGUGUUUCGAAAGUACCUCGACAGCACUUUUUCCACACGUGACCCUCGGGGGGAGUGUGAGGAGCACCUGGGCCUCCUGGGUCCUGUCAUCAGAGCGGAAGUGGGCGAUGUCAUCCAAGUUCGUUUCAAAAAUUUAGCAUCCAGACCAUAUUCUCUUCAUGCCCACGGGCUUUUCUAUGAAAAAUCAUCAGAGGGAAAGACAUACGAAGAUGAGUCUCCCGAGUGGUUCCAGGAAGACAACGCCGUCCAGCCAAACAGCAGCUACACGUAUGUGUGGCACGUCACUGAGCGGGCAGGGCCCGAGAGCCCCGGCUCCGCCUGCAGGGCCUGGGCCUACUACUCGGCCGUGAACCCGGAGAAGGACAUCCACUCGGGCCUGGUAGGCCCCCUCCUCAUCUGCCAGAAAGGGACGCUCCACGCGGAGAGCAGCAUGCCUGUGGACAUGAGGGAGUUCGUCUUACUUUUCAUGGUUUUUGAUGAAAGGAAGAGCUGGUACUACCAAAGGAAGCAUCAGUCUCCUAGGCUUUGGACGCCCGCAUCCUCAGAAACGAAGAACGCGCACAAGUUUCCCGCCAUUAAUGGGAUGAUCUACAGCUUGCCCGGCCUGAGCAUGUACGGGCAGGAGUGGGUGCGGCUGCACCUGCUGAACGUGGGCGGCCCCCAGGAUAUGCACGUGGUGCGCUUCCACGGCCAGACCCUGCUGGAGAACGGCACGCAGCAGCACCAGCUCGGGGUCUGGCCGCUUCUGCCUGGUACAUUUAAAACUCUGGAAAUGAAGGCAUCCAAACCUGGUUGGUGGCUCCUAGACUCAGAGGUCGGAGAAAGCCAGCAAGCAGGGAUGCAGACUCCAUUUCUCAUCAUUGACAGAGAAUGCAAGAUGCCAAUGGGACUAAGCACUGGUGUGAUCGCUGAUGCACAGAUCAAGGCUUCUGAGCACAUGCGUUAUUGGGAGCCGCAUUUAGCAAGAUUAAACAACGGCGGAUCAUAUAAUGCUUGGAUCACAGAAAAAGUCCCAACAGAAUUCAGCUCUAAACCUUGGAUACAGGUGGACAUGCAAAGGGAAGUCGUAGUCACGGGGGUCCAGACCCAAGGUGCCAAGCACUACCUGAAGUCCUACUACACCACCGAGUUCUCCGUCGCCUACAGCUCCGACCGGACAAACUGGCACAUCUUCAAGGGGAGCGGCUCCAGGAGCGUGAUGUAUUUUAACGGCAAUUCGGAUGCCUCCACAGUAAAAGAGAACCAGUUUGACCCACCUAUCGUGGCUAGGUACGUCAGGAUCUCUCCAACGCAGUUCUAUAACAAACCUGCGCUUCGACUGGAGCUGCUAGGCUGCGAGGUUAACGGAUGCUCCACACCACUUGGUAUGGAAAGUGGGAAGAUAGAAAACAGGCAAAUCUCGGCUUCCUCAUUCAGAAAGUCUUGGUGGGGAGAUUACUGGGAACCCUUCCGUGCCCGUCUUAAUGCCCAGGGACGCGUGAACGCCUGGCAAGCCAAGUCGAACAACAACAAGCAAUGGUUGCAGAUCGAUCUGCUCAAAAUCAAGAAGAUAACUGCAAUUGUAACUCAGGGCUGCAAGUCUCUGUCCUCUGAGAUGUACGUGAAGAGCUUCGCCAUCCACUACAGCGACCAGGGGGCGGAAUGGAAGCCCUACAGGGAGGGGCCCUCCAUGACGGACAAGAUUUUCGAAGGAAAUGAUAACACCAAAGGACAUGUGAAGAACUUUUUCAACCCGCCGAUUAUUUCCAGGUUUAUCCGCAUCAUUCCUAAAACAUGGAAUCAAAGUAUAGCACUUCGCCUAGAACUCUUUGGCUGUGAUAUUUACUAAAACUGAAUAUUCAAGGAGAAAGGAGGGACUCUUAAAGAUAUCAAACCAUUUAGACUGGGCAAUGUACUUUAUAGGUAUUUUCAGCAUUAAUAAUUUUCUGCUAUUUCCCUUUUGUUUGAUUAGAGAAUAGAAUUUUUAUAUGAGACUUUCAUAAUAUAACUAACUCCUUUCUGUGAUUAAGGUGGCUAUUAUUUUUGCAUUAAUUCAAAUAUAUAUGGGAAAUUAUCAGGAACUAAUAAGAAAAUGGCUAAUGCUGCCCAGUUAUUAAAAAUGCUAUAUAAGGUAAUAUUCCUGUAGUUAACAUGCUUUGUUAUAAUAUUUUAAACCCCAUACACAUCAAUAAAAGAGAGAAUACUUUUUUAAGCAAUUUGUAAGGAGUGGAGAGCUUUCACUCCUAUAUUUUUCUUUAAAAGAACUGUGAUUUAAGAGAAAAGGAAACAAGAUUCAAGAGAAAAGGAAACAUUUUGAUUUUUAAGCGGUUCAUUUUUCUCAACAGUGAGAGGAAAACAGUCUUACUGCAGGAAACCAAGCGUGCUUAAAAUGAGGUCUUGCCUACGUGGCAUUGGUUGUACUGACCUUCCGUGAGUGAGCAGGUGUCAGCAGCCCCGCUGGGCUUGUGAGUCCAGCCUGUCUCCCUUGGGAGUGAUCGCCUGCUUUGACAUUCAGUGUUGGGGUCAUUAGACAGGGAACAAAGUGUCCCAAAAUACGCAGGAGAACUGGACACGUCAGCUGGGCUUUGAUCCACUGACACUGUAACGCACUCUUGCAAAACACAGGUUCGCCUACGCCAAGGCUAAAACCUGUGAGACAGGAUCGGAACCCCUGGUGCCCCCACACUGAGCUGGCCAUCCACCCAGCGGUACGGUCCUCUUCCGGCCCCAGCCUCCCUGUCAGCGCUCCCCUCCCCUGGGGACUUGGUGCCCAGCGAUCCUACAGGCCCUGUGAGACUGGGGAGCUCUGGCUCCUGCAGGUCACAGGGGAGGGACAGUCACUGGGGAGGCCAUCUAUUCUUGUGGAACAAACCGCGCCAGAUCUUAGUGCUUAAAAUCACAAUACAUUUAUGCUCUCUCGUGAUUCUGUGGGAUGUCUGCGCUCAGCCGGGUGGCUUCA